AUUAAAGUCAAAUUGCUGUAGCAGAUCCGCUUGAAGUUAGCCCGUCAUACUCCUGUUGCGUCAUAUCUGUCAUCUGUCACAUACACAUCAUACACUAUUCGUAGCGUUCCUGCACCGAUUUGCGUGCUCUACGCUCCGUGUAUGCGCACACAUGCAUACAUUCCGUUUGUGACGAUCGCACAACGCAAUCGCACCGAUCAGUCAUCGUCAUCGCUCUGUUUAGUUGUCAUUGUCGGUCGGCAGUCGGCAGUUAGUUGUGAUUCGUGCAAGUGGCCGGUACGUGAAUUUUCGUCGCGAAUGCGCUCGCCUUCUCGUCCUCUCGUUUUGCUGGCUUCUCGCCGUCAUCGCUGUGCGAUACAUAUUUGUAAAAUCUGUGCAUCGGUACAAACGCCACAAUGUCAAGCCACGAGCCGAUGCUCAUAGCCACGGACAGCAUCGAUGGUAUCUGGCCCUUUUUACAGAGCAUUGAUUGGAGAGAUCCAUGGCUAGCUGCCUUAAUUAUUUUUCACAUAGUCAUCACAAUGACUGCGUUAAUGACAAGGAAUCAUGCAAAUUUUCAGAUAAUUUUGUUUCUUGUACUAUUACUUCUGGUUUAUUUCUCAGAAAGCAUUAACGAGAUUGCAGCAACAAAUUGGAUGGUAUUUUCUAGACAGCAAUACUUUGAUUCCAAGGGUUUAUUUAUAUCUGUUGUCUUCUCUGUACCUAUUUUAAUUAAUUGUAUGAUUAUGGUGGCUAGUUGGCUCUAUCAAUCAAGUCAAUUAAUGACAAGCCUAAGACGAGCACAAUUACGACAACGGGCAAAAAAUCGUCAGUUAAAUGGAGAAACGACGAACGGCAAACAACUGAUGAUAACGCGACCGAAACACGAAUAAAAUUCAUCAGCCAUCUAGUCAUAAACAGUGGAAUACGAGAACAAGAGAAAGCGCAGGGCAUAUAUUUUAUUUAAUUUAAGGACAAAGUGCAGAUUAUAUAUCUACAUUGACUUACAGCUAGAUAGUCUCACAGAGUGCUGUGUAUACUUUGCCAUUGUCAAUUCGAUGAUCGCUCCGAUCUCAAACGCAAAAAAAACGUUAAUUAACCUAACGAAGAAAAAAAAUACAUUUAUUUGUGCAAUCACACAGAAUAACACAUCAGAGUUGCCUAGUCAAACUUUCCGUUAAAAUGUAUCUUAUUGUGCCGUAUUACAAUUUUACGAAAUUAAACCAUUCGAUGACUUUAGGAAACAAAAUUGGAGAGAAAAUCAGUAUAAACAAUAAUAACAGAUAAGCAUGUAUGAUAAUAUGGCUAAAUAUGUUAUUAUUUUAAUGAACAUUCCGAGUUCAUUUCCGUUUUUUUUGAUAUUAAGAUUCAGAUUGAUAUUAAGAUCCAGAUUGUAAAUCAAAGUGUUCUUAAUGUAUUAUAAUUAAUGUACUUAUUACCUAACACAUAGUGGAUAUACAUUAUUACACUUUCAAUUUUACUAUAAUAACUCUGCUGUAAAGAAAUAACACAUAAUUAAGGGUCCUAGUACACAAAAUUUGUAUGGAUAUGCGUACAUGUGCGAGAAUAAAUGAAUGAAUAUAUAUAUAAAUCUACAAAUGUGUACGUAUGUGUGUGUAUAUGUGUGUGCAAAUAGUUUUUUGAAUUAAAAGUGCUUUUGAGAAAGAAACAGUAACUCCAAAGAGUGUUGUAUUGCCUGAAUUGUAUAUUAAUGUAAAUUGAUACGUAUUACCUUGCCGCUUUUAUAUUUAACAUGCGUUUCAUCAUUUUAAGAUAAUAAAAUACUUGUUUACAUAUUAUCGCAUUUUUGCUGCGUCGCAUUUUUUGUUCUUCCUUUUCUACGUGAUGCACGUGCUGACUCAACAAAUUGCAUCUCAUUAAUUAUACAUUCAUGAACUUUAUACAUUCUUGCAAUCAAUAUGUACGUCAAUCAUUUAUGUAA